GAAAACGAAGAUGAAAAUGAAGGAGAACCUCUCCUUCGUCGUUCGCAAACCGACUUCCGUCAUGGCCGCGAUGUACAACAUACAAACAGAUGCAUUGCGUCGAUGCUGAUUGUUUUCAAGAUAUGUUUUUGUUCGCUCGGUUUGUGGGGACAUCAGUUGUGGAACUAUAUACCUCGUGUUUUAUUUAUGCUAGUUUGUAUCUUUCAAACUAUCUACAGGUUAUUUAUCGAUUUUGGUUGCGUAGACUUCGACUGUCACUUCAUGCAAAACUCAACAUCCGAAGCUAAAACGCAGGUUCAUAAAGAUGACGUCUCAACUGGCUACGCAAUUAUUUUCUCCGUAGCUUCCUUUGCGGCAGACUUGUCCUAUGUUGUUUUAGUUUGUUCUUUUGUAGUGGCCAAACGGAUGAACUCGGCGUUAGUGGCCCCAUCAGAGACAUUAACAAAGGACCUCAACAACACCGAUGUAACUUUGUUAUCUUUUGCUUUCACUUUCAUUAAUACGUCGCUUUUGUGUUUAGUAGUCUCAAUUUAUCUUUCACCAUCAAGCAUCGAGAUGCUUAAUUCCACCUCUUCUCUUGCCGAAAUGGCAGGGAUAGCGGGGCAAGUCUUGGCUCAUUGGACAUCUAUCAAUACCUGUCACGUUUUCGCAGUUAGUACUGCAGCUAUAGGUAAGUAUACUUAAUAGAAAGUAACCGAAUGAUGCCUAGCUUGUUCCAGGCUUCAAGAUGGUGGGGAAAGCGGAUCGAGAAACGUUGCGUAAAAACUGCGUGGGGGCUGGUGAGAGACGGUACAGUAGAUUCCUUGAAGUAGUAGAGCAGUCUCCCCUUCUUUCUUCCCGCCGUUUUUCGCUCGUUCGCUAUUUCACUGCUAGCUCAGUCACUUUUUUCGCUCAUUUUCACUGACUGAGAGCCUGGAACAGGCUAAAUUGUGCCCCUUAUUUUUUUUCUAGAUUUUCAUUCUUAGGCUAAGUUUAAAAAAAACAAAUGUUCUCGUCCGGAUUUCAAUAGAAAAGAGAGCGGACGAGCGCCUUUCUUUUGUUAUUUCAAAAAAACACCAAUAGGACUAUGAUUUAGCCUGCCUGAAAGCUCUCGUAGUUUUCUUCUUUGGCAUACACUGCAGAACGGGUAGCAGUCGUCUUGAAUUACUAAAUCGACCUUACUUCCACAAAAAAAACACAGUGGAUCAGCGAAUGAAACACAGAAUGGCAGUGCUGUCAACUCUCGCCAACUCUCCCGGAUAAUUCGGGAGACUCCAGAUUUUGGACCGUAUCUCCGGGUCUCCAGAUUAGAGUAUGAAAUCUCCCAGAUAUUCACCGAAGUUUGCCAUUAAGUUGUAGACUCGACUUUCCUUCAAUAAACUUUUUUAAAAGUUGUUUGAGCUAUUUUACUGUUAACAUCGAACGUUUCCUCAUAAACUUCCGUAUUGUAUAUUAUGCCAUUGCAAUAUACGCAAUAAUUUGAAACAUUGCAAAUUCGUGACGAUCGGCUCAACGAGUAUUUUUUGCACAAAGGGCGUCAUAUACCGUGCGAUAUGACGUCAUCUAUCAUCCCUUCCCUAUCAAUUCUCAAUAUUUGAAGACGUGGGGCGUUGACAGCCCUGCAUUAUGGAACCCCUAUUUAGCUUCAGUUCAAAUCAAAACGCAGACAAAAGCCAUCUCUUUUUAUAUAUUUAGAGUUUUCUUUGUACUCAAUUGAGGAGAACUGAAGUAAAAGUAACGCCUGUUGGUUUUUGUUCGUACAAACGUUACUAAUAACAAAUAAUAAACAAAGAGAGGCGGCCCAAAAAACUGAAGCGGGCGGGGACGAGAAACAUUGUUUUUUUUUGUUGUUGUUACUUGGCCGUUACCGUCAUUGUAAGGCGAAGUACAAAAAUCAGCAAAUUGACAAAAUUCAAGGUUUUUAUAAAAGAUUAAGGGAAGCCAUGUUCGGAAAGAUAGGAUGGACACAGUGGCAAGUUCCAGUUCCAUAACCGACGCCACAUACUGGUGAUGAAUUUGUUAUUGACUCUCUUCUCCGCUCCAUAGGGUAAUAUUUUUCUCCGGGUACUUCGGUUUCAGUUCUCUCCUCUCAAAUACCAACAUCUCCACUCCAAUUUCAUCUGGACACUAAGAGGGCCACAAGCUUAUCAGUUCCGAAACUGUCAUGUGUCACCCAUCUCCGAACAUGCAUUCCCCAUAAUUAACGUUAGUUUGUGCGCAAUUAAUCACAACCUAACCAGUUCCAGCAGCAUUGGAGAUCUCUAUUUCUGAUUGGCUAUAAAAUAUUUCCUGGGCGAUCGGACAUGGAUAUUUCAAAAGCAUGUGGAACUGCCUAGGUAAGAUUGAGUCGUUAGGGUUAGGAUCGUUUUCGCCACUCUUUCUGUUUGGGGGAGGAAGGCGGGCUCAUCUCCUGAACAGCGUCUGAUGUCCGAGGCUAAACCGGCCUCCGGGGAUGCGUAGACCUGUACAAAAGUGAGGGUCGUUAUUUGUUUUAUACCAUGAUCCAUAAUGCACAAUUGACCAAAGCCUGUCUCACCAUUAUGCUCCCCCCACCCUUUGUUCAGGCUAAAUUGGACGGUCCACCCCGCCUUCAGCUAAAAGUCAGCUGAAAAGCUGAGACAUUAUAAGAAAACAACCAAACAUAUAAACGCCUUGCCAUCAUGAUGAUACAGUAUCCACAAAUAUAAUUCUAAUAUUUUAUUUUGUUCUGGGCUCAGGUACCUUUUCACAAGAUACCUUCAGGCUCAUGCAGGCUGUUCAAAACGGGACCCUAAAUGAAAUUAUAAGAAUACACGAAGACCUUUGCUCAGUAGUCUUCAGUACCGUGUCAGCCUACAGUGUGUGGUUUGUACUACACUGGUUCAUGUACGGAGCAAGCGUCGUUUUAACAGUCAUAUACAUCACAGAGGAGGUUCAUAACAGGACCAAGUACCAUACUCCCACGAUUGAAUUCGUCUUUCUCGGGUUGACACUCGUCUGUGUUCUUUAUCAGUUUUUAUUUCCUUGUUUUUGUGCCGCUAGGAUGACAAGCAACUGCACUGGUAAGAUAUUCAUCGAGUUAAAUCAGGAGCCCAUGAUGGGCCCAUGAUGGGCUUCUGGUUACAUACAGACCAGCAGACCAGGGGUAGCCCGGGCUCCGCACGUGAAGGAAAAAGGGCGGAAAAAUCGGCGAGCCGAACGGGAAUCUUGGGAGGGGAAAGGCGGCGUCCAACUGUUUCACCCCGUUUUUUGCCUUUUUCCCAACUGUAGGAAGCCUGGUCCGAGGCUCACCGGGGUAAACUUUUAAAUUCCCUAUAGAGGUGUAGGCACUGUUUCUCUGAGACUCUAGAUCUCUUGCAGAUCUAGACAAGGCAAAGAUAAAAUUUGCGACUUUGUCAGUAACAUUUCCCUAGUGAUCCCACACUCGAUCGUUUUAUAUUUCUUGGAAACAUCGGCCUUGCUCAAAAAAGGUGAUUUUUCAUACCCUGUUCGACACAUGUAUUCUAAAACUAAGAACAAAUUUCUACGUCAUAAACUUGCAUGGGCACCCGCAACUUCGCGAAGAUCCCGCGUGGAACUUCAGGAGAUGGGGGAUCGUGUUGCGAUAUUUCUUGAGUGCUGUCUGAACUUCCCAAGUGCUUCAUAUCUCUAUACACAACGCAUGCUCAGCGGAAGAAUGUCCAGUGAUCUUGCUUUCAAAGAGACAAGGAUGAAAGAAAUGGAAUUUAUUCAUCUCCCAUAAGAAGGUUAUUUCCGACGCCAUUUUAAUUUGUUUUGUUUGGGGUGCGUGAAUGGCAGAAAUUGCACAAAUUGUGCUAAAAAAAUUUUUUUACAAAAUUUAAUAAAAUUAAAGAAUUAUCUCACUGAUAGCCGAUCUGUCGCUUAAUUUUCUGAUCUUGCUCACUCUGCACUCAGCCAUGAAUUUAGUUCAGUAGGUAGUUGAAGGAAGCCUAUGAUAUAAGCUUCAAGCUUCGUUAGGCUUCCUUGUCACAUUAAUUUUAUAAUUUAAUUAACACCUUUUGUCCAUGUUGUAUAAGGUUUUGUGAGUGACUAAAAUAAAUAAAUAAAUGAAUAAAUAAAUAAAUAAAAAUUGCAUACACAUUUGAUGACUGAUAUCGGUGGAACCAUGCAGCCCCAUCACUGGAAAAGGUAUCCAGUUGCGGUCUGCUACACGGACCAUCGCAUCUGGUAUUAUAUAUAGAGAUAAGGCCUGUUUGGUCUGUCCUUUGUGUAAUAGUCGGAACAGGUUUUAAAUAUACUUUGAGUUAAGAUGAAUAUUCUAAUAUUUCAUUUCAUUCAAAGGUAUUUACGAGAAGAUCAACUGCAGCAUAUCUGAGGACUGGCACGAUGGCCAUCCGUUUAAAGAUCGUCGAAAUAUAACAAUGUUUGUUUCCUACGCUGAGAAGAGAAGAUGUGGGUUCAAAGUCGGUAGAAUCACGUUCACCACUAGUUUGGCUUGGUUUUCUUUUUUCUUUGGUCUUUUGGGUUUACUUUACCACUUUUUUUGA